ACAUGGUGGAUGAAACAACGCUCUUUCCACUUCUUCCCUCUGAUGAGGGAAAUACCUCCACAUUUGCCACUCUAAGCUGUACCCUUUUCCCGGAAAAUCCAAGUCAGUGCGAUGUGAUUGUCGCUGUGAAAAGAGGAAUGGCUGCCUUGUCAUUAAUUGGCAGCGUGUUCAUGAUCGGGGUGAUAUGGCUUUUCAGGAAGUAUUCAGCAUUCACACAGAGAUUGAUCUUAUAUCUCAGUAUCGCUGCUCUUCUUGACAGCAUUGCCUAUCUCAUGGGUGAGAUUCAUCCAGACGGAGCACUUUGUGAUUUUCAAGCUUUUUGGCUGAACAUGUUUGAUUGGGUGAUCUUGAUGUGGAUCAUGUGCGUCACUUUCAACCUCUUUAUGAAUGCUGUCAGAAUGGUCAGCACAGAUAGAUUUGAAUGGGCCUACCACUUGUUGUCAUGGGGAUUCCCAUUGUUUAUUUCUUGCUUACCGUUCAUCGAUAAUAAAUAUGGUCCAGCUGGUCUCUGGUGUUGGAUUGAGGACGAUUGGCGAUGGAGGUUUGGAAUCUGGUAUGGACCAAACUUCGGCAUUAUUGCUCUGAUGUUCAUCACCUAUCUUUAUAUUGUCAUCACUGUCAACAGAAAGGUGAAAACCUGGGAAGGAUUGUAUGACCCAGAUAUAGAAAGACAAAAACUAUUACUUAAAGAAGAUGUGAAGCCACUGAGGGCAUACCCUUUUGUUUAUCUCAGCCUGUCCAUAUUUCCUUUAGUUAAUCGAAUACAGAAUGCAAUCAACCCUCAUAACCCAGUAUUCCCACUGGUCCUCCUGCAUGCAAUGUCAACACCCUUACAAGGGGCCAUCAACGCUGUUGUGUUUGGCUUAGAUAAAGAGACCACAAGCAAAUUAACACCAACACAGAUUAAGCUUGCUUUCCAAAAACACAGAGAAGCUUCCCAGUCGACGAUCCGAGAAUACCCAGCAGAGGAAUCCGUCAACAGUUCGAACGUUGCCUACCAAAUGCAACAGGACGAGGUGAUCUGACCACUUCUUGUCCAGGAAGAUUCAGACUAGAUACAUUGAGUGUGUGGCUUUGUGAGGGUAGGCUACACAGCCAGAUUUCCAACAUGUUUUUCUAUGUAAGUCCUAUACACAACAUGAAUUAUGGCGGGUGUUUUCUCUUACAAAUUGAAGAAGUAUGAAAGACACAUUUUCUGAAUAUUUGGACAUAAAAGUUAAGCCUCUAGGCUCUAUGUAUUUAUACUAAGUCAGAUAAUUAAGAUUUAUGUGAAAUUAAUGUCGGCGUCUUGAUGUAACAUUCAAAUCCGCCUUACCGAUAUCUUAUAUUUGGUACAUUUGCCUGUGUAUUUGCUCCAAUUGCAUGGUUGGUGUCCACUGCUACAGUUUGCAAACACUGCUUUUAAUGACGCAUUGUUUGCAGGUGCGUUGCAGUAUUAGAGCACUGUUUUAUCAAAUUGACGCCUGGCAUCAGAUCAUUCUGAAAUAUUUCAAAGAAGUUUUCAUUGAAUAAGGACAGAAAUUUACUGUGAGAUGUCUAGAUUUUCCGUGUAUUUGAUUCUCACAAAUUUUUGCAACUGACCUUGAUUCAGGAUCGAAUAAGUGGCACGUUUUGUCAUUAUUUGUCCAAGAAUCUUUUUAGUUUUGUAUAUAUGUAUGAUAUAGGCAAACAAAAUUGAGGUUGAAAGAGACCUACCAGGUACUUGCCAUGUUUUGUACAUUGUACCAAGUAUGGAUUAAUCUACAUGUAUACUUGUAAAAUUGUACCAGUCUGUUUGUACCAGUCUUGUUUGAAGGUAGAUUGUUGUUGUGAUUCAUUGUUGUGAUAUGUGCAGUGUUCUAGUUAAAGCUUACCUGGAUCAGUUAAUUGGAGGUGUGUAAAUAUCUUAUUUAUGUUCGAAUCUGAUAACUUUACAAUAUAAUAGACCUUUAGCAGCCCAUGACCAAUGAAAUACCUUGGAGAAUGUCAGGGCAGACGGAUUUCUAGGUAUCUAUUUUGCGCAAAAUAAACACGAUAUUCAAGUAUGUGUACUGUAAACCCCAGAAAUAUUUGCAGCCAUUUUUUUUCACAUUUGAGGAAUGGAAACUUUAAUCAUUUAUCCUUUUGACAACUCUGUUACACCUAUUUCAAUUAAAUUUGUCUUUUCAGACCAUAAAUAUUUGUGAUAAUCUGUGAAUGCGAAAGGCAUGAAAAUAAGAGGCGCAUGAAUAUUUCUGGGUUAGUACUCAUUUUCGUUCAAAAUUCAAAGAAAAUUUUAUUCUAUGCGUUUCUUGAAAUUUUGCAUCACCCAACCAUUAGCUUUUGGGUUUAAGAUUUCCAAAUGUGAAAAAAUGCACUGAAUAAUAUUUUGAUAAUGCUGAUACCUAGAUAUCUAACAUUUUCAAGGCUUGUUUAUAUAUUUGUCCUGGUAUACCCAUGCUGCGUAUACCAAGUCACAUUUGCAUACAUAAUAACUGUCGUAUGGUUGCCACUGUACACAUAUAGGAACCAUAACUGUUAUAGUUUUGUACCAAAACAUUUAUUAUAUUUUUCUAUUUGUCUGUCGGAUAACUUUGUAUCAAGUAGAUAACUGUAAAACUUCCUCUGGGCGGUUUUCCCUACCUCAUGAAGCAGUCUGUGGACAUCUCAUGAUUCCAGUACUGCUUUGAGGAUGUUGAAUAAUCUACCAAUGGCAAUUGUUUUAUUGUCAUACUGAUACUCGGUUUGCUCUGGGAAGUUUUUACAGUAUGUAGACGGUUUACCCUGGUUAUGACUUUCGAACGCCCACUUGCCUGGUUUUCCCGAGGGUGGCGCCACUGUCUAAGCGUGAAAAACACGACAAGUCCAACAGUCGUUGCAGCAUGCACCGAGCAUUAUCCGUGAGUUUAUGAAAAAAAUAUUCAGAUAAAAAAGAUUAUUUUGGCAGAAAGAUUACAUUACAAUACAUGCAAGAUAUGAAUAGCAAACAUUAAAAGAGUAUUGCUCUCUUGGAGAGUGAACAUAAUGAAAACGGGGAUAAAAGUUGGAUAUGUUUUGUGAAUUGUAUUAUUUAUGCCAAAAUACAUCUUUUUUAUUUACUACUUUUUUUGUGCAACUCAUGGAUAGUGCUCUGUGCAUACUACAACGACUGUGGACUUGUCACUUUUUAACGAUUAGACAGUGGCGGCACCCUCGGGAAAACCGGACAAGUGGAUGUUCAAUAGUCAUAACCGUUUACCCUAUGUCGUUACAUCAGUACUGUAAGCCAUGAACUGUCAGGAUAAUGAACUAUUGAAAUGUGGUCAUCUUUAUUUGGCCGUAGACUAAAUUCCAUGUAUCAAAAAAAUUUUUGCCAGAAUUUGCAUAGGAGUUUACAUUUUUGCCAGUUUAACAUGUUUAAUGUUCAUGUUUACCUUCAAAAUCGUGAAAAUAAAACGGAUGUGAACAUUUCCUGGUCUACAGUACUUAGUAAUAUGUAAAAAUUUAUAUUUUGUAUAUUUAUCUAUCAUGUUAUGUGUCUGGUUCGAACAGAUGUCUAUGGUGAACAAUUUGGUUUAAAUACGCCAUUAUUUUUACGAGAGACCACUUUUCAGUCAUGCUCAUAUUCUUGUGUGGUUGUUGUAUUUUGUUGACCACGACCUUAUCACGUGAAAUAUUGAGGAAUUGAUCUGAUUUAUAUCAUAAGACAGUGAGACAGUGUCGCCAUUAAUCACAAAAACCAUGCAUCAAUAGUGUUCUGGUGUUUUUUAAAGUGCUCUUAAAGCGAAUUUAGUGAAAGCAAUACAAUGCCCGUGCUUCAGUUGGUAUCAAAGCUCUGGCUGCAUCAUCAAGUUAUAGGCAAGUUACUGAAAGGUACCCUAUUGUGGGCCCUAUUUGUGCACAUGUUGAGUAGGCUGAAUUCAGCAAACUGAUCUGCACUGGACAUUUAAACAGAAAAUGAGAAGGUUCAUUUUUAAUGCCCGAGAAAAUGUAAAAAAUAAGCUUUCACGUGUUGUGGGAAAUCCCCUUUAACCCUUGAACUCACUAUAAAUGCACAGUUCUUGUGAUAGAUUGCGACUCUGUCUUUCUCUCUUGUCAAAGUUUUAGUGUUGCGUCACAGACAACAUCCUCUGUGACGCAUCACAUAAAAGUACAUAAAAGUGAGGUCGCGAUUUUGUAUGUGACGUCAUUUGCACUUUUUUGAGAACAUCUCUUAUAUCUCUGUUAUCAUUAUCAAACAACCAUCAAAGUUUCAUAUUUAUGAUAUAUGUGUAAUUUCAAAAUGAUAUCACCGGUGACUAGCUGAAAUGAGAGCAUUUUAGCUGAGCUCAAGAUAUUUGGCUAAGAUUUUCAAUCAUGUUUUCUUUCCGGUUGCUCAUAAAUGUUGAACAUUGGUUGUGGUACACAGUUUAAUGAAUAGUGUAUUAAAUUUACAUUUUUUUUGUGAUUAUGAAUAUACAUGUAUGUUGAAAUUAUAUUGUUGUAUAAUUUAUAGAAAUCAUAUUAUGUAUUAUGAUGUAGGUGUAGCUAGCACUUUCAUGUAUUAUAUAACUAUCUUUAUUCACCCUUUCUGUGGUAAGGUAAAUAUUUUUUGUAGGGUAACAUAUUUGUUUCUAGUUGAUACAUCAUGUUCUUAUAACUUUCUGUCGUGAAAUAAAGUCAUCUCAAAAAUUCAAAUUAUUGUGGAUAAAAAAUGGAGCCUGAAAGUCACUCCAUGCUUGUGUCCAUAUUUCGAUAUCAUAUUUGGGCCGUUUAUUUUGUACGUACUCAUCAAGGAAGGGCAUUUGUAAAUUUUAGGCCCAUUUUGAGUACUAUGUCUGUGUGUGAGGGGGGGUG